AUGCUUUUACAAAAGUUUUUAGAAGCGCACGAUGGAAAACAACCUCUUAUGAUAUUAACCGAUCAAGAUUGCGCCAUGAAGCAAGCUGUGAACAAUGUAUUUGAUAAGUCUAUUCAUAGACUAUGUAUGUGGCACAUCACAAAUAAAAUACCAGCUAAGAUAAAGGGCAGUGACGAAACGAAUGCUGAGUUAAAGAAACAGAUCCACAAAUUGGUGUGGAAUGUUUACAUAGAACCCCACAGGUUUGAAAAGAUAUGGAAUUUACUCAUGACUGAGUAUGGUUUGGAAGAUCAUGCUUGGAUGAACGAAAUACAACUUCUCGAUGCGAAAUUUAUGCUUUGCUACGAUACAUCGGUGGACAAGCUACGUAACAAACAGCGUAAACUGUCUUAUGAGACAGACACAACCAAUCCCGAGCGUUACAAAACAUCGUUUCUGAUAGAACGUCAUGCCAAUGAAGUAUAUACACGCACGUUAUUCUGGGAAGUUCAAAAGGAGAUUGAAAAGUCUAACAGUUUGUGUUAUGUUGCCGAAAGAGGAAUGGUUGAUGGAGUUAAUACGUAUCUUGUUGCUCAUCAAGAUCACACCAAAGAAAUUGUGAAUGAGUUUAAGGUAACUUUCAACAAAAGUGAUUUUACAAUUUCAUGUAUUCCAGACAGAUACAUACAUCCGAGAUGGUGUAGAGAUGCUAUCCCAUCUAGUGUACACUUCCUGGAGAAUAGGUUAUGUGACGACCAAAGUAGGAGGGGUGUGUUGUGGCGCGGGAUUUGUGAUAACGUGAACAUGUGUAGAGAUAGGGUGCGUGGCAACAUUGAGAAAUUACAAGAGUUAAGUAACCAGAUUCAAGCUAUUAAAGAUAAGCUUUUCAGCGAGAUACCGUACGAUCAUUCAAUCAAUAAAAAGGAUGUUGUGAUAGAGGAUGUAAUUGCGCAUAAACAACCAGCUGAGGUUUGUUGCACGGCACCGCGGAAAAUACGCAACAAAGGAUGUGGAAAGCAUAAGCGAACAAUUGGUCCGGGUGAGAAAGCAAUCGAGAUUAGUAAAAAAAGAGAAGGAAAUGUAAUUUCUGCAAAAAAACGAGUUAGGGGCCAUGAUAAGAGGAACUGUCCGCUCAAAAAGGGGGAGCCGGUUAAGGACGACUCGACAACCGACGGAGAAGAUGAGAUUUACGAAGACGAAGAAACCGAAGAAUCUGGAUCUGAGGAUUCUAUUAGUGACGAUUAA